UUCAGGCUCGAAUAGCAUUCCUACAAGGAGAAAGGAAGGGUCAAGAAAAUUUAAAGAAUGAUCUAGUUAGAAGAAUAAAAAUGUUAGAAUAUGCAUUAAAGCAAGAAAGGUGAGUGUAUAGGUUUUCUUCUAAACUUGAAUCAAUAACUCUGAUAUAAGGCCAAGUUCAAUCUGUCUCAUUGGGCUGACAUUCUACUACAUUACAUUUAAAUUUUAGUCAUUUAGCAGAUGCUCUUAUUCAGAGUGACUUACAGUUAGUAAGUGCAUACAUUUUCAUACUGGCCCCCCGUGGGAAACGAACCCACAACCCUGGGGUUGCAAGCGCCAUGCUCUACCAACUGAGCUACAGGGGAGCUACAUUGUAUGUACAUUUUGUGCAUAAUCAGUGGAGGCUGCUGAGGGGACGACGGCUCAUAAUAAUGGCUGGAAUGGAGUCAAUGGAAUGGUAUCAAACAUUUGGUUUCCAUUGGUUGAUACCAUUCCAUUGGCUCCAUUCCAGCCAUUGCUAUGAGCCGUCCUCCCCUCAGCAGCCUCCACUGAUUGCAUAUAUUAUAAUAAUAUAAUUUAUUAUCUCAUCACAUUUACUAAACUCUUUCAUUUGUCUUUUCUCUACCAGAGCAAAAUACCAUAAAUUAAAAUAUGGAACAGAAUUAAAUCAAGGUGAAGUUAAGAUGCCUAGCUUCGAACCAGGUACGGACCUCUCCUCUCUGAACUGCAAUGAAACGUAAUAAAUAGAAUAUGUUGACAUACAGUGGUUUCAAUAACUUUGUGUUAUGUUUGCAGAAGAUACCAAAGACACAGAGGUCCCAGCUGUACCUCAGAACAGUCAGCUGACGUGGAAACAGGGCAGACAACUCCUCAGACAGUGAGUACUCUGACACAGCACACCUACAGUGGGGAAAAAAAAGUAUUUAGUCAGCCACCAAUUGUGCAAGUUCUCCCACUUAAAAAGAUGAGAGAGGCCUGUAAUUUUCAUCAUAGGUACACGUCAACUAUGACAGACAAAUUGAGAUUUUCUUUCUCCAGAAAAUCACAUUGUAGGAUUUUUAAUGAAUUUAUUUGCAAAUUAUCGUGGAAAAUAAGUAUUUGGUCACCUACAAACAAGCAAGAUUUCUGGCUCUCACAGACCUGUAACUUCUUCUUUAAGAGGCUCCUCUGUCCUCCACUCGUUACCUGUAUUAAUGGCACCUGUUUGAACUUGUUAUCAGUAUAAAAGACACCUGUCCACAACCUCAAACAGUCACACUCCAAACUCCACUAUGGCCAAGACCAAAGAGCUGUCAAAGGACACCAGAAACAAAAUUGUAGACCUGCACCAGGCUGGGAAGACUGAAUCUGCAAUAGGUAAGCAGCUUGGUUUGAAGAAAUCAACUGUGGGAGCAAUUAUUAGGAAAUGGAAGACAUACAAGAUCACUGAUAAUCUCCCUCGAUCUGGGGCUCCACGCAAGAUCUCACCCUGUGGGGUCAAAAUUAUCACAAGAACGGUGAGCAAAAAUCCCAGAACCACACGGGGGGACCUAGUGAAUGACCUGCAGAGAGCUGGGACCAAAGUAACAAAGCCUACCAUCAGUAACACACUACGCCGCCAGGAACUCAAAUCCUGCAGUGCCAGACGUGUCCCCCUGCUUAAGCCAGUACAUGUCCAGGCCCGUCUGAAGUUUGCUAGAGUGCAUUUGGAUGAUCCAGAAGAGGAUUGGGAGAAUGUCAUAUGGUCAGAUGAAACCAAAAUAGAACUUUUUGUUAAAAACUCAACUCGUCGUGUUUGGAGGACAAAGAAUGCUGAGUUGCAUCCAAAGAACACCAUACCUACUGUGAAGCAUGGGGGUGGAAACAUCAUGCUUUGGGGCUGUUUUUCUGCAAAGGGACCAGGACGACUGAUCUGUGUAAAGGAAAGAAUGAAUGGGGCCAUGUAUCGUGAGAUUUUGAGUGAAAACCUCCUUCCAUCAACAAGGGCAUUGAAGAUGAAACGUGGCUGGGUCUUUCAGCAUGACAAUGAUCCCAAACACACCGCCCGGGCAACGGAGGAGUGGCUUCGUAAGAAGCAUUUCAAGGUCCUGGAGUGGCCUAGCCAGUCUCCAGAUCUCAACCCCAUAGAAAAUCUUUGGAGGGAGUUGAAAGUCCGUGUUGCCCAGCGACAGCCCCAAAACAUCACUGCUCUAGAGGAGAUCUGCAUGGAGGAAUGGGCCAAAAUACCAGCAACAGUUUGUGAAAACCUUGUGAAGACUUACAGAAAUCGUUUGACCUGUGUCAUUGCCAACAAAGAGUAUAUAACAAAGUAUUGAGAAACUUUUGUGGCCAAACAAACAAUUGGUGACUGACUAAAUACUUUUUCCCCCCACUGUAUAGGGCCUCACAUGCCGCUAGCGUUCUAACAUAUUUAUAGAUAAAGAUGAAUUCCCAUCAGGGCCUGUAUUGAUAGCGUGUCUCAGAAUAGGAGUGCUGAUCAAGGAUCAGGUCCCCCUUGUCCAUGUAAUCUUAUUCCUUAUGAUCUAAAAUGUCAAACUGAUCAGCACUCCUGCUCUGAGAAUCUAUAGGAACACGGGCCCAGGUUUACUUAGUUAGCUAAGUAAUUUGGAUGUGUAAUUCUGUUUCUGUCCCAACAGAUAUCUUCAGGAGGUAGGUUACACGGACACAAUACUAGAUGUACGGUCUCAGAGAGUGCGUUCGUUACUGGGCCUAUCCAGCUCUGAGCAGAACGGCUCUGUGGAAAACAAGAACCUGGAGCAGAUCCUCAACGGAGGGGAGUUUCCAGCCAAACGAAAGGGACAAGAUAUUAAAAGGUAGGUAGUUAGGCCUCAUCUGAUCCUGCACACUGCCAAUCACUUCAGUGAAGGUCCAACUGACACAAUGUUGUUCACCUUUCCUGACGAAACUGAAAUCACUCUCUCCACUUUUCCUGGCAACUUCCAAAAUAGCAGAUUUCUGAUGGAUUCUGCACAUUCAGCCUCUGUGUGCUCAGAACAGUAUGCUCUGAGUAGCAUUAGCCACAUCAUCCAUCCUGUUCCAUUUCUUUGACUAAUGAAAUCAUUCACAGUGCCGCAUUGCUCUAAAUAGUUGUUUUCUAACUGUUUUUCUAGGAAUCCAGGAGAUGUUCUGGAAACAUUUAACUUCUUAGAAAACGCAGACGACAGUGAUGAAGAUGACGAUGAGGAGGGAGACCUGAUGGAGGAUAUAGACAGCGGCAAACACACAAUAAAAAAGCAGAAAAUAAAGGUGAAGACCUCUUUGCUUCAGACGAUUACAUCUGAUCAUGUGUGAAACGACCAUUACUAAUGUUGUUUUAAAUGUACUGCCACUGUCAUCAUUGUGUACAUGGUUGUAAUAAUGGCUUACUAAGACCAAAGCAGUACUUGGCUCUUGACACUAUAGACUUGUAUCCUCAGACCUGAUUAUGAAUGUUGAUAGUCAUCAAGAGAGAACCUUUAAAUGCCUGCUGUGUAAAAGAAGUCACCACAAUUACAUUCGGUAAAAGACCAUGCGGAAGGAAAAUACCAACCACUGGUCUCCCAAAAUCGAAAAUGGAAAAUAAAAGUAUUGUAAAGUAUACUUUUUAUACAAGUAUUGUAUUAACUAUAUACUUUAUUUGAUGAUCCCAGUGUGCCAGACCUGAUGGCUGACUGUGUUUGUCCUCUCUCCAGGUUGGGAACGAGGGCCUGGCCUCUGACCUUCCAGACGACCCCGACACGGAGGAGGCUCUGAAGGAGUUUGACUUUCUGGUGAAUGCCGAGGACGGAGAGGGAGCAGGGGAGGCCAGGAGUUCAGGGGACGGGACCGAAUGGGGUAAGAGGAUAUAACAUACCUCCCUGUUGAGAACUAACCUAUACCCCAUUUUGUCCCCAUGUACAUUUGGCAUAAAUGCAGCUAUUUGUAUAAAUGAACAUGUAGUGUAAUCAGUGUUGGCCUGCAUGGGUGUUGGGUAGAGGACCUGUGGCUUGGACAGCGGUAGUGUGUGUUAGGUAGAGGAAUACAUGUCUAUAUGUUGGCCAGUGGUAGAUAUAACUGAACUAAAGUGUAGUGGAGCGUGUAUUCUGAUCUGCACCAAGAAUGGCCUACCCUGUGGUAUCUCAAUCAUGCCGAUGCUGCGUCAGCAUUCCUCCUCACUUGUGCACAGGAUAUUCUGAGCCCUCCCCUGCUCCCCUGGCCUGGCCUGGCCCUGCCACACACACCUCACUGCUGCUGCAUGCCCUGCUCUAAUCCCAGCCUCUAGGAUCAGUCACACUACUCUCAGCACGACCCUCCGCUGUGGCCGAGAGAAAGGGUUGCAUACAGAGCACCAGUCAGACCCACUAGUAAUGACAUGAACCCCAUUCUAUACAGUGCUGGUCUUCAUUUUUCAUGUGUUUUUUGCAAUGGGCCUAACCUGUGUAGUUGCUUCUCCUCUUUUGUCUGUUUAGGAAAUUGUUUCAUCGCAUGACUCAUUGUUUUUCACUCAAGGCUUUGACUUCUACCUAGUGAAAUACUCUACUUUCUACUAUGUUAGACAUAAAAGCUUCUCUAGCCGUGUCACUAAGUCAAUCCGCUUAGUGUGUGCUCUGCAGUCUUACCAUGCGGGUGAAUGUUUUAGCACCCCACUGAGAGGCUGAGCUCUUUGUUUACGAAGCAUGUCCAACCUGAGCUCUCUGUCUCUGUGUGUAGGUGUGGCCUGUAUGUUGUUUACUAAACCUUCUCCUCUCCUCUCUUCUCCGUCCUAUUCUUAGCCGAGCCCUUACCGUUUCCCUCAGGUGGAGGCAAGUCCUUUAUCAUGGGCUCUGAUGACGUGUUGGAGAGUGUCCUGGGCCUGGGAGACCUGGCUGACCUCACUGUCUCCAACGAUGAGGCUGACUACAGCUAUGAUGUAAGCAACUGUCACUCCUGAACCAUGACCCCCUGAACAACACCAACCCUGAACCCCUCCCUGAACCUCUCCCUCCUCCAGUAUUCCGCCCCUCUCUCCUCCUGAACCACCCCCACCCCUCUCUCUCCUCCUGAACCACCCCCUGCCCCUCUCUCUCUCCUCCUGAACCACCCCCACCCCUCUCUCUCCUCCUGAACCACCCCCUGCCCCUCUCUCUCUCCUCCUGAACCACCCCCCACCCCUCUCUCUCCUCCUGAACCACCCCCCACCCCUCUCUCUCUCCUCCUGAACCACCCCCACCCCUCUCUCUCCUCCUGAACCACCCCCUGCCCCUUUCUCUCCUCCUGAACCACCCCCUGUCCCUCUCUCUCUCCUCCUGAACCACCCCCACCCCUCUCUCUCCUCCUGAACCACCCCCUGCCCCUCUCUCUCCUCCUGAACCACCCCCUGCCCCUCUCUCUCCUCCUGAACCACCCCCUGCCCCUCUCUCUCUCCUCCUGAACCACCCCCUGCCCCUCUCUCUCUCCUCCUGAACCACCCCCACCCCUCUCUCUCCUCCUGAACCACCCCCUGCCCCUCUCUCUCUCCUCCUGAACCACCCCCUGCCCCUCUCUCUCUCCUCCUGAACCACCCCCACCCCUCUCUCUCCUUCUGAACCACCCCCUGUCCCUCUCUCUCUCCUCCUGAACCACCCCCACCCCUCUCUCUCUCCUCCUGAACCACCCCCACCCCUCUCUCUCUCCUCCUGAACCACCCCCACCCCUCUCUCUCCUCCUGAACCACCCCCACCCCUCUCUCUCUCCUCCUGAACCACCCCCACCCUCUCUCUCUCCUCCUGAACCACCCCCUGUCCCUCUCUCUCUCCUCCUGAACCACCCCCACCCCUCUCUCUCCUCCUGAACCACCCCCUGCCCCUUUCUCUCCUCCUGAACCACCCCCUGUCCCUCUCUCUCUCCUCCUGAACCACCCCCUGCCCCUCUCUCUCCUCCUGAACCACCCCCUGCCCCUCUCUCUCUCCUCCUGAACCACCCCCCUGCCCCUCUCUCUCUCCUCCUGAACCACCCCCACCCCUCUCUCUCCUUCUGAACCACCCCCUGUCCCUCUCUCUCUCCUCCUGAACCACCCCCACCCCUCUCUCUCCUCCUGAACCACCCCCUGCCCCUCUCUCUCCUCCUGAACCACCCCCUGCCCCUCUCUCUCCUCCUGAACCACCCCCACCCCUCUCUCUCCUCCUGAACCACCCCCUGUCCCUCUCUCUCUCCUUCUGAACCACCCCCUGUCCCUCUCUCUCUCCUCCUGAACCACCCCCACCCCUCUCUCUCUCCUCCUGAACCACCCCCACCCCUCUCUCUCCUCCUGAACCACCCCCACCCCUCUCUCUCUCCUCCUGAACCACCCCCUGUCCCUCUCUCUCUCCUCCUGAACCACCCCCUGUCCCUCUCUCUCUCCUCCUGAACCACCCCCACCUCUCUCUCUCUCCUCCUGAACCACCCCCACCCCUCUCUCUCCUCCUGAACCACCCCCUGCCCCUUUCUCUCCUCCUGUACCACCCCCACCCCUCUCUCUCUCCUCCUGAACCACCCCCUGUCCCUCUCUCUCUCCUCCUGAACCACCCCCUGCCCCUCUCUCUCUCCUCCUGAACCACCCCCACCCCUCUCUCUUCUCCUGAACCACCCCCUGCCCCUUUCUCUCCUCCUGAACCACCCCCACCCCUCUCUCUCCUCCUGAACCACCCCUGCCCCUUUCUCUCCUCCUGAACCCCACCCUGAACCUCUCUCCUCCUCCUCAACCACCUCACACACAAAGCGUUGAGAGAGGGAAGGUUCUCUAGCUUUGACAGUUGGUCAGAAUCACAUAUGUCCAUUAAGGGCUUCAUUAGGAAGUGGAGGGGCAUGCCAUGCUCAAGUAGUCCUAGUACAUUACAUCCUCCAGUGCUGUUAGCCCCUAGCUAACUCAGCACCAACCUGUCUCGAUUUUUCACUCCACAGUUGUUUAAAGUUGCCGUUCUCUUUUCCUCCCCUGUCCUGUCUGUCUAAUUUUAGCUGCCAGCCAGUAAGGACACGUUCAGGAAGACGUGGAAUCCGAAGUACACCCUGCGCAGCCACUUUGACGGGGUCAGGGCUCUGGCCUUCCAUCCUGUAGAGCCUGUACUGGUCACCGUGUCUGAGGACCACACCCUCAAACUGUGGAACUUACAGAAGACUGUACCUGCCAAAAAGUACAUACACACACGCACUUGUUUGCAUUGUUGGAUUAUCUUGUCAUUAUGGAAUGCAUCAUUGAAUUAAAUCGGUCUGAGAAAUCUUUUUAAAUAACUUUUUGUUUCUUCUUUAGAAGUGCCUAUUUUGAUGUGGAACCCAUUUACACAUUCAGAGCUCAUGUGUAAGUAUCUAAUAACCAGAAGGAACUGGUCAAAAAUGUAAUAAUAAUACGCUAAAACUAUUUUCAAUCAAUCAGUAAAACUGUUUUGCAUAUGGCUUUCUCUCACUGUAUAAUUAUGUAAAUGAUUGUUAGUAGGAAGUAUUAAAUGUCACCUUUCUGAUAAGCCGUUCCUCUCCUCAGUGGGCCUGUAUUGUCCCUGGCUAUGAGUUCCAGCGGAGAGCAGUGUUACAGUGGAGGGAUUGACAGCACAAUACAGUGGUGGAACAUCCCCAGCUCCAACGUAGACCCUUACGACACCUACGGUAUGGUUGAAACAUCCUCAGCCCCUCUUUAGCAUGGCCAAUAUUCUGUCUAUCCUCUGUGCCUUCAGACAUUGACCACAGUGACAGAAGUCAGGAAUACUUUCAUCUAUCAUAUUAGUUGAAUUGACGAGUAUACUUUUUUUCUUCAUAUUAUUCCAAUCGCAUCCUUGAGUAAUCACAGAGCUGUUUAUCUCCCUUAUUGUAUGGGUAUCGCUGACUCUGUCCCCUCCUCCAACGCCUCAGACCCCAGCGUCCUGGCUGGAACCUGGCUGGGCCACACAGACGCUGUGUGGGGGCUGGCCUACAGCGGCAUCAAGAACCGCCUGCUGUCCUGCUCCGCAGAUGGAACCGUCAAGCUGUGGAACCCCCAGGAGAAGAACCCAUGCAUCAGCACUUACAACGCAGAGAAAGGUGAGAACAUAGAACUACGUUUAAAACACAGUACAUAGAAAUAGGCUUAGAACACAGAACAUAGAAUCAAAUUAAAUCACAUUUUAUUUGUCACAUGCGCCGAAUACAACAGGUAUUUACAGUGAAAUGCUUACUUACAAGCCCUUAACCAACAAUGCAGUUUUAAGAAAGAAUACCAAUUUUGUUUUGGUGCAAAAUAUUAAAAGUAACAAAUAAUUAAAGAGCAGCAGUAAAAUAACAAUAGCGAGGCUAUAUACAGGGGGUACCGGUACUGAGUCAAUGUGCGGGGGCACCGGUUAGUCGAGGUAAUUUAGGUAAUAUGUACAUGUAGGUAGAGUUAUUAAAGUGACUAUGCAUAGAUAAUAAACAGAGAGUAGCAGCAGCGUAAAGGAGGCCGAGCAGUUGCCAAACCAGGCAGUGAUGCAACCAGUCAGGAUGCUCUCGAUGGUGCAGCUGUAGAACCUUUUUGAGGAUCUGAGGACCCAUGCCAAAUCUUUUCAGUCUCCUUAGGGGGAAUAGGUUUUGUCGUGCCCUCUUCACGACUGUCUUGGUGUGCUUGGACCAUGUUAGUUUGUUGGUGAUGUGGACACCAAGGAACUUGAAGCUCUCAACCUGCUCCACUACAGCCCUGUCGAUGAGAAUAGGUGCGUGCUCGGUCCUUCUUUUUCCUGUAGUCCACAAUCAUCUCCUUUGUCUUGAUCACAUUGAGGGAGAGGUUGUUGUCCUGGCACCACACGGCCAGGUCUCUGACCUCCUAUAUAGGCUGUCUCGUCGUUGUCGGUGAUCAGGCCUACCACUGUUGUGUCGUCGGCAAACUUAAUGAUGGUGUUGGAGUCGUGCCUGGCCAUGCAGUCAUGAGUGAACAGGGAGUACAGGAGGGGAAUGAGCACGCACCCCUGAGGGACCCCCAUGUUGAGGAUCAGCGUGGCGGAUGUGUUGUUACCUACCCUUACCACCUUGGGGCAGCCCGUCAUGAAGUCAAGGAUCCAAUUGCAGAGGGAGGUGUUUAGUCCCAGGGUCCUUAGCUUAGUGAUGAGCUUUAUGGUGUUGAACGCUGAGCUGUCGUCAAUGAAUAGCAUUCUCACAUAGGUGUUCCUUUUGUCCAGGUGUGAAAGGGCAGUGUGGAGCGCAAUAGAGAUUGCAUCAUCUGUGGAUCUGUUGGGGCAGUAUGCAAAUUGGAGUGGGUCUAGGGUUUCUGGGAUAAUGUUGUUGAUGUCAGCCAUGACCAGCCUUUCAAAGCACUUCAUGGCUACAGACGUGAGUGCUACGGGUUGGUAGUCAUUUAGGCAGGUUACCUUAGUGUCCUUGGGCACAGGGACUAUGGUGGUCUGCUUGAAACAUGUUGGUAUUACAGACUCAGACAGGGAGAGGAUGAAAAUGUCAGUGAAGAUACUUGCCAGUUGGUCAGCGUAUGCUCGGACAACACGUCCUGGUAAUCUGUCUGGCCCUGCGGCCUUGUGAAUGUUGACCUGUUUAAAGGUCUUACUCACAUCGGCUACGGAGAGCGUGAUCACACAGUUGUCCGGAACAGCUGAUGCUCUCAUGCAUGUUUCAGUGUUAUUUCAGUGUAAUUUAGCUCGUCUGGUAGGCUCAUGUCACUGGGCAGCUCGCGGCUGUGCUUCCCUUUGUAGUCUGUAAUAGUUUGCAAGCCCUGCCACAUCCAACGACGAGCGUCGGAGCCGGUGUAGUACGAUUCGAUCUUAGUCCUGUAUUGACGCUUUUCCUGUUUGAUGGUUCGUCGGAGGGCAUAGCGGGAUUUCUUAUAAGCGUCCGGGUUAGAGUCCCGCUCCUUGAAAGCGGCAGCUCUACCCUUUAGCUCAGUGCGGAUGUUGCCUGUAAUCCAUGGCUUCUGGUUGGGGUAUGUAUGUACAGUCACUGUGGGGACGAUGUCAUCAAUGCACUUAUUGAUGAAGCCAGUGACUGAUGUGGUGUAUUCCUCAAUGCCAUCGGAAGAAUCCCGGAACAUAUUCCAGUCUGUGCUAGCAAAACAGUCCUGUAGCUUAGCAUCUGCUUCAUCUGACCACUUUUUUAUUGACCGAGUCACUAGCAGAACUAGGCUUAGAACACAGGACAUAGAACUAGGCUUAGAACACAGGACAUAGAACUAGGCUUAGAACACAGGACAUAGAACUAGGCUUAGAACACAGGACAUAGAACUAGGCUUAGAACACAGGACAUAGAACUAGGCUUAGAACACAGUAUUAUAUUAUUAAGGCCCAAUAGCUUACUGAUGUCCAUUUGUCUCUUAUGCCUCGAUCACACAGACAGCGUCAUUGCGUUUUGGUACACCAGAAGUACAUUCAUUUCCAAUGGAGCGCUGCGUUUGCCUUACAGCAUUGCGUUGCAGAGGCAGUUGCAGUGUGUUCUGUGUGGUGCAUACGUUUGAUUUAUUGAACGUAUGCAUCAAACUGUAUGCUUUGACGGCUUGACAGAAAUGGUUGCAGAAGGUGAAUGUUGAACUUUUGUUGCACACAUAUCCAGAUGGUGCUGCGUACCAUUUUGUGUGAUGUCGGUGUGAUUUAGACGUUAGAACAAUGUUGGAGUAAAAAGUAAUUUAUAAAUGACAAAUAAAUUCAUUUUAUAUACAUUUCUCUUUCAUCUGCUCCCUUCAUUUAAGAGAAAUCCAUUUGGGACGAAUAGAGUUUUGACAACCAUACAGUCCAAAUGCUAUGCAUUUGAACUUCCCCAUUAGUGUGGGGUAGAGCUUGUUUUUCACAUGGACAUAACAUGACAAUGGCACUUGAAUACGGCCCUGUGUUAAGUGGCCAAGGUCGGAAAGUGGAGGUGCAAAAGGCUCUUCAACUUAUGUGUGUCUGUGUGUGUACGACAGAACACGGCAUCCCCACAGCGGUGGACUUCAAUGGCUGUGACCCCGCCCACAUGGUGGCGUCCUUCAACACAGGCAACGUUGUGAUCUAUGACCUGGAGACCUCACAGGCUGCCGUGGUGUUCGCUGGUCAGGGGGAGAGCAGUAAGUCUAUUGCACCCAUCAUUUAGCAGGAGGACUACAACAACCCUAGACCCUUACAACACAAUAACCAGGGAGACUAUGGGCCAUAAGCUCAGUUAGAAAGGGGAGUACAUAUAAUUAGAAUGACUUACUGAGUUACAUUUUCUAUGGGGGAGUAUGGGUAUACAGAAAUGUUAUGUGAAAAUCAAGUCAAUACUGCGUAACAUUAUAAAUAUGUGCUCCCUGAAUAAUAUUAACUGGUAAUGAUGUGGUUGUUUUUUCUUCUUUAUAUAGAUAUCUCAUAUAUCCUAGACUACUAACUUUGUACACAGUUUUAAUGGUCUGUCCUCAUUUCGGGUGGUGUAUUAAUAGUGAACGUGCUGUGACCCAUCCUCUCACCUGCGUGUUUUCAGCUCUGCCUGCAGCGAACCACAUCAACAAGGUAGUGAGUCACCCCACCCUGCCUGUCACCAUCACGGCCCACGAGGACAGGGACAUCAAGUUCUUUGACAAUAAAUCAGGUAAAUAAACAGGAGUGGACACACUGUUCAGCUAGUUACUCUGACUGACUAACUGUAGCUCAGUGAAUCAGAGCCUAGAUGGGAGAAUGACUAAGACCAGUCAUAUGUAGAGUUAGGACUGUUUUGUACAUGUUCUGUCUCUGCUGACUGCUCUGUCAUCUGUCUGUCUGCCAUAUCUCUGUACUGACUGUUACGUCUCUGUCUGUCUGCCAUAUCUCUGUACUGACUGUUACGUCUCUGUCUGUCUGCCAUAUCUCUGUACUGACUUAUGUAUUUAUGUCCUGUUGCGUAGGUAAAGUGAUCCAUGCGAUGGUGGCCCACCUGGAUGCUGUCACCAGCCUGGCUGUGGACCCCAAUGGUAUAUACCUGAUGUCAGGAAGUAAGUACAAGCAACGUAGCUGUGGGGAAAUUUUAAAUGGCAGCAUUCGGUGGUCACCAGCUUACAGUUCUGAUUCUAAGACUAUAUAAAUAUAAUUCUACAACAUUGUAUCCUAUGACAACACACUAAUGUAAAAUUCCCCAAUAUCUGGUGGUGCUGAUAUCCAGAGAGAACAUUGCUGAUCCUACCCUCCUUUCCUUGUUCCUCCUCCGUAGGCCACGACUGCUCUAUCCGUUUGUGGAACCUGGACAGUAAGACCUGUGUGCAGGAGAUCACUGCCCACCGCAUGAAGUCUGAAGAGUCCAUCUAUGACGUUGCCUUCCACCCGUCUAAGGCAUACAUAGCAAGUGCAGGGGCCGACGCCCUGGCCAAAGUAUUUGUAUAGUAGACGAGUGCUGCUCUGCCAGGCUGAGCGUGUAGACACAAAGAAAGAAAGAAUAGACUGCUUCACUGCCUUGUGUAACGAGAGUAGCAUUUUAUGACACUACAUUGAAGCUGCCUCACUCCACCCCCAUCCCUAUUGAACUCAACACUUGACAGAAACCAGGUGUCAAAGGGACUUAUGCCAGGCAUGGUGGGUGGAGGAGCGACCAAUCAGUUUUAUCUGUUUUCAAACAAAAAAAAACAUUUAACUGUAAUUUACUGUAAGUUAAAAGCUGGAGUAAAACAAACCAGUGUAUGUAGCCUUUUGACUGGGUUUGAGCUGAGAUAAUAUCUGUUCUGUAGGUAUACUUCAGUGACCAUGGACGGAGUGGCUGUCAUGUGCGUCAGACAGUGGGUUGUCGCAGAGAGCGAGGUUAGGACUGGGUCAUGUCUUUUAACCUGAUUCACACAACAGGGCUGACCCCAACCAUACUGUGCUGGCUCAGAUAUUUUCACAUUGUUAUUUUCACCACGGUUCCAGUAACUAUGGUGGAUUUGUAAUCAGGCCAGUCCAGUACAGCUCAGCUUGGCUCGGUUUAGCUGGCUAGUGUGAAAAGGGUAUUUAACAGGACGUGGUAACAGCCCCUGGUGGGCCGACCAGGAGACCCUCCGGCGUCGAUUCAGUUCACGCUAAACACGAGUCAGUCAGGCGUCCACUCAACAGCAUCCAUGUAGCGAGAGAAAAAUAAUAUGAAAUGAAAUAUAAAAAGUCAAUCAACUUUAGCAUUAGUUACAUGACAUUUUUGUGUAAAAUAAAAUAUAGUUUUUAUAAUCCUUUUUAUAUAAAUAAAGUCUGUCAUAACAGCACUGAAAAUUAUGU